AUGUCCCGAGAGGCCGGCUCCUGCCACGUGGGCCCCGGCGCUCGGACACGCAAGCCCAAGAAGCCGCACUACAUCCCGCGGCCCUGGGGCAAACCCUACAACUACAAAUGCUUCCAGUGCCCCUUCACAUGCCUGGAGAAGUCGCACCUGUACAACCACAUGAAGUACAGCCUCUGCAAGGACUCGCUCUCGCUGCUGCUGCAUGCCCCCCGACCCCGGGCCCCCACCCCAGCAGCGCAGCUUGAUGCUGCUUCCUCUACCCCUGACCUUGGCCCCGUUGGGACCCGGGCCCCUGCCCCCAGGGAGGCCCAGACGGAGCCAGGCGUGGGCAGGCUCCAGGUUGAGCCCUGGAAGAGGGGUCUGGGUCGGGCCCCCCAGAGCAUGGCCCCCAUGGAUGUGGCAAGGGUGGGCCCAGAGGGAGGGGCCCCCUGCUACCCGCCGCCCCUCCCAGGUGGGCCCCCGGAGGCCCAGAGCUUCCACCUGCCCCUCCUGGGGCUCAGCUACCCCCUGGGCCCUGCCCUCUUCUCCUGCCUGGGGCCCUCGCUGACAGCUGCUCACGUGCCCUUCCUGGCCUCCACGGGGCCCCUGCUGCCUGUGGCCUGCCCGGCCCCGCAGGGCUCUGCACGGGCUGGCCCUGUCCCUCGCCUCUACUGCCCUCUGUUCCUGGGGCUGCCGGGGACCCCCGGCAACUCCAGCCGCCGGGCUGGGGGCAUCCUGGCCCUGGGGCACCCCUCCAGCCCGCUGAACAGCCCUGGCCAGAGGCUCUGGCCAGAGGAGCAGGAGCCCCUGUCCCAGCUGCCUCCCAGGGACCCCGAGCACCACUCAGGGGAGGACCUGGAGCUGUGCCUGAGGGGCCCACCGCAGGAGCCGCUGGACAGGGGUCGUGGGGAGCUGCUGGCCAUCCGCCAGGCGCCAGACAUGCCCUUGGACCUGUCUGUGAGGCGGGGCUCUACCAAGGCACCUGAGAGCCCCCCUGGACCCUGGAGACGGCCCCUGCUCGGCACGGCACUGGCCCAGGGGCCCCUCGAAGGGCCCAGUGUGCUGGGCCCAGCUGGGCCUCCCUGUGGUCGCACCACCAAGUGUGAGGCUGAUUCCAGUGUUCCCCCGCACAGCACCCCGCAGGCCCUGGAGGACCUGCCUCUUCCCCAUGGUGGCUGGGCCCCCCAUGUUUGCUCAGGAGGCUCCUGGACCCCCGGGACAGCCCCUGGCCCGCACAGCCCCCGAGGAUCUGAGCUCUGA